AUGGCAUACAAUAAGAUAACAAAUCUUCCUGAUAAUGUGUUCAGUGGUUUAUCCAAGCUUAUCACCCUUGAUCUAAGCAGAAAUAGAAUAUCAGCAAUCCCGGAUAAUAUCUUCAGAGAUCUAAAUAAACUUAAGUUUCUGUCCUUACCUGGAAACAAGAUCAGAAGCAUUGCAAGUAAGGGAUUCUUCGGAUUACACAAUAUUGAUUAUAUUAAUCUUGAUGAAAAUGAAUUGACAAAUCUUCACGCAGACGUAUUUGCUGGUUUACCACACCUCUAUUUUUUAGACCUGUCUUCCAACAGGUUGACGGAAUUACACGAGAAAGUAUUUCUUGGAAUAACCGGCCGUAUUUUCCUUAAGUUAGAUCAUAACAAACUUCGCACCAUUCCAACGCUACCACACAACAUUAAACUGCUGGAUGUUUCAGAAAAUUUAAUAACUAGUCUCCCCGUCGGAAUCUUUUCAAAUUGUAGUAAAUUGUAUUUGUUAAAUCUAAUUGGAAAUGAAAUUGAAAUUACAAGAGAUAUCUUUCAAGGGUUAGACGAUCUUAGGUAUCUAAUUACCGGAAACCCAACCAUGUGUUGUAUCAAACCCAAAUCUGUGACUGAUGAAAAAUGUUUAGCGUUAGAACAAUUAGGAACAGAUUGCUUAGAAAGAGCAGUGUCGUGCCCAAUAGCUAAAAGCGAUGCAAUUUCCUCGUGUACAAACUUGAUAGGUUCUGACGUACUUCGAGUCUUCCUAUGGAUAAUUGGACUUUGUGCUUUAUUGGGAAACGUUGUCGUUAUAGCCUAUCGCGUGUUUAUUGAUAGAGAUAAUUUCAAAAACACGUAUUCACUUUUUGUACUGAAUCUGGGUAUAUCUGACCUUCUUAUGGGAAUUUAUCUUCUUAUCAUAGGAAUCGCUGAUGCAUAUUAUCAAGGUGUUUAUGCAUGGUAUGAUCAGUUCUGGAGACGAAGUAUUUUUUGCACUAUAGGUGGAGUGUUAUCUUUCAUAUCUAGUGAGAUGUCAACGUUCCUUAUUCUUCUUGUGACACUUGACAGACUGAUUGUCAUAGUACUGCCAUUGUCCCACCUCUCUAAGUGGAGAAUCUCAUGGAUCCAGGCUAUCCUUAUCUCAGUGUUCUUCUGGACUUUUUCUAUCAUACUCAGUAUCCUACCAAUUGUGUCCUUCCAGUCAUACUUCGAAGGCAAAUUCUAUUCUCAAGCUGGGGUGUGUCUCGCAUUGCCACUACUAGGGGACGAACAACCAGGAGCUGAAUAUUCCUUCGCAGUAUUUGUCUGCCUUAACAGCUUUGUUUUCGGCAUAAUAGUUGUUGGCCAAAUUUGCAUUUUAAAAACUAUCAGAAUGAAAACUAGAAACAUCGCUUCAUCAGUCACGAUCAAACGAGAGAGGACAGUGGCGAAGACACUCUUCCUUGUGGUUGCAUCCGACUUUUGUUGCUGGUUUCCAGUUGGUAUCCUGGGGUUAUUGGCUCGGUGCGGAAUCCCAAUCUCGAACGAAGCUUAUGCCUGGGUGAUAGUGUUUGUCCUACCUAUCAAUGCCGCCGUUAAUCCGUUUCUCUACACUGUUACAUCUUUUCUACGAAAGAGACAGAGAGAACAAUAUAUAGCAUCGAUGACGUCAACAAAGCUUUUGAGACGUCAACCGGAGACAGUUGUGGUAGAGUCCACUGCACCAUGA